AUGUGCUAUGGCAUGCGCUAUGGCAUGUGGUAUGGUAUGGCAUGCACUACGGCAUGUGGUAUGCCAUGCGCUAUGGCAUGUGGUAUGGCAUGUGGUAUGGCAUGUGGUAUCAGUGGUAUGUAUGGCAUGCAGCAUGGUAUGUGGUAUGGCAUGUGGUAUUGCCUGUGCUAUGGAAUGUGCUAUGGCAUGUGCUAUGGCAUGUGCUAUGGCAUGCGCUAUGGCAUGCGCUAUGGCAUGUGGUAUGGCAUGUGGUAUGGCAUGUGGUAUGGCAUGCGCUAUGGCAUGUGGCAUGGCAUGUGGUAUGCCAUGCGCUAUGGCAUGUGGUAUGGCAUGUGCUAUGGCAUGUGCUAUGGCAUGUGCUAUGGCAUGUGCUAUGGCAUGUGCUAUGGUAUGCGUGCGCUAUGGCAUGCGCUAUGGCAUGUGGUAUGGCAUGUGGUAUGGAAUGCGCUAUGGCAUGGCAUGGCAUGUGGUAUGCCAUGCGCUAUGGCAUGUGGUAUGGCAUGUGGUAUGGCAUGUGGUAUGGCAUGUGGUAUGGCAUGUGGCAGGGCUCAGGGCAGCGCACCGGGUUCUCCACCACGACCUAUGCAGGGGCGAGUAGGGGAUGGACCGGGAGGAGCCGGCGCGAUCUUCGUUGGGGGGUUGCUUACCAUACCGGCGCCGACCUCUCGUCGCUCUUUCCGUUACGACGGCCCUCGACCCCCUCCUUCGGGGCAGACGCAGCCGGAGAGCGGCAGUGAGGAGGAGGAUGAGGAGGAGGAUGGUGAGAGCGAGAAGGAGGAGGACACUGAGGGGAGCGGGGAUGAGAGCGAGGCGGCGUGGGACCCAGAGACGCAUGGCGGUGGGGAGGGGGGAGAUGAUGAUGAUGAAGACCACGAGAUGGAUCGGUUGGAGCCAGAGGGGCGGGAGGAGGAGGUGGGAGAGGGUGGUGGAAGGGCGGCGACAGAGGCGGGAUCACAGCAUGUGCGUGAAGGGGGAGGGAGCGUGGGGGUUAAGGUGGGGGGGAGAAAGGCCGUGACCAUUAGGGAGCCGAGGCAGAGGAAGAAGGCCAACAAGUUGAGGGAGCGGGCGUAUCCCUGCACGUUCACUGGGGAGUCCUUGGGCGAGGGUGUGAUCGCUCCCGAGUUCCUAGACGAGGACGGAGGGUCCGAGAGUAGUAAGGGGACUGGCAAGGGAAAUAGGAAGCCGGGGUGGCAAGUAAUGAUGUUCGGACCGUUAGGGGCAGACGAUAAGCGUCAGUGCAAGAUUUGCACAGACAGGAUUUCGUGGAAGCAAUCCACAACAACCCCCGGCGAGCGGCACUUUGCGAGCUUCCACGCUGCGCACAUGCAUGUGUGGCAUCACCGUUACCACACCCCGUCCGUUCACUUGCCAGGGGAGACGUUUCCCCGUGGGGGCUACAAGGGAGUGCCGGAUGGCUACGUCUAUCAGUGGACACAUGCCAAGACCUGGCCGCAGCUCGCCAAGGGGAAAGGGAUGGCGACUGGUGGAGGUCAUGGGUCAGGCGGGAUCGAGCGGUGGAUGACAACCAAACUGACCUCGGUGCAGCUACGGCAGGCGAUCACGAAGCUGGUGGUCACCUGCGACCUCCCCUUCCGCAUCGUCGAGGCCGAGGCUUUUCGUGAGCUACUCAUCCUGCUAAACCGCAACUGCGCGCAGAAGAACUUCAUCCCCUCGCGCUGGACGGUUUCCCGCGACACAGUGGUCUAUGCGGCUGCCGCUCUUCAGUCAGCCAUUGCGGAGAUGCUGGCGAAGGAGGGGGAGCUGGGGUGCAGGGUGUUGUUCACCAUCGACAUGUGGACGGCGCCCAACAACAGGGCGUGGCUAGUGGUAACGGGUCACUGGAUCGACGAGAAUUUCCACAUGUGCACAAUGGUGUUUGAAUUCCGCGAGAUUCACGGGCGUCACACGGGCAAGCAGAUGGCGAGGGUGGUUGAGGAGACGGUGGUGCAGUGGGGGUUGGAGACGCGUUGUCUUGGGUUCACCUCAGACAACGCCUCCAGCAACACUGCCGCUUUCAGGUGGAUGUCGGAGGAGGGUGGUGGCCAGUGCUUCUUCAACUCGCGCAUGCACUUCUGGUACGAAAGGGAGUGUGCGUGGGAUGUGCGAUGA